UGCCAAAGGACGUGUGUGCGCGCGCGUGUGUGUGUGAGUGCGUGACCGCGCCUGUGUUUAUAUCAAUGCGCAACGCUUCAUCGCGCUCUCUGAAGGGAAUAAGUGGGAGUGAAAGAGGAGAGGGACGACAGUACACGGAGGAAGACUCACUAACUCGUCACCAAGAACCGAGCGGGCAUCACUGCCGAGGUCCACUGCACCAGCUGCAACUACUUGCUGCCACACGGCACAAACAUCCCCCCUCAUGUCCGGCGGUUCGACGAUGGAUUACACGUUUCUGUCUCGGUCCAUAUGGACCGGUGACAGCAAAUACCUCCAGCAUCCAGCGGAUCUGUACAGCAGUGUGGUCGUUACGCGCAGCAUCCCCGCAGGCACGUGCUUUGGUCCAUGUGUGCUCCAUAACACUUUCUACGACACUAUCGCCUUUAUAGCGCAGAAAUCCUGCGACAGGAGAACGAAAUCCUAUGUAUUCAGGGUGGACCCCGAGGCAAUGCGUAAUUCUGCGCUGGUGUUGUCCUGGCUGCGGCUGGUGCAAGCUGCGCGCAAUGGAGAGGAGCAGAACACGGAGGCCUUUUUGAAAGCGGGUCAGCUGUAUGUGCGGACCACCCGAGACAUCCGGCAGGAAGAAGAGCUGCUGGUGUGGUACGACCGGGAGCUGUCUCACCUGCUGGGCUUCACAGACAUGAGCAGAGGAUCGAGUAAAGAAUUCAAAUGUGGCAGGUGUGACCAGGUCUUCAACAAUGAGUAUCCUUUCCUGGCCCACUGCCGAUUCCUUUGCACUCAGGCCAAGAGUGACACCUGGAGCCGCGACGUUUACGCGCACAAGCACGUGGAAAUUAAGAGGCAACGCCGAGUGACAGAUUUCCACAACAUCGCCAGAGAUUUGGAACACAAAAAAUCCAGCGGCAACGGGGACGCGGAGAUUUCUACUAAGAGAAGGAGAUGCGAGGAAACGUAUCCCAAAGAGCGGAAAACAGUUCUGUUAGAGAAGACGAACAUUUCAAAUGACGACAAUAUCACACAGCUGAUUAAAGGUUCUGACCAGGCAGCAGCAGAUGCGUCUUCCUCUGCGGGGAAAGUGAAAGCUGAUGAGAUCAAACCGGAUCAUUUGGGAUAUACGAAUGACGUCGGUGUGAGGGGAACCAAAGAGACUUUUACGCACAACAGAGAUGCAGGAGUAAGCGCUGAUGUGCGCUCGAGUGGAAGCAGUGCGUUUUCUUUGGUCCUGUCCAAAAGUCAAGGCGAACAGAAAAGCGCUUUCUGUAAACCGAGCAAAAGAACUUCUCCCAUUGAUUCCCAGGCGCAUCUGAGCAGCGCAACAACAGCGCCCCCUAACCGUCUAGAAGAGAUUACUAAUGUGUUUUCCCCCAGAACUGUUGUGGGAUACAACAACCUUGUGACACCCAACGUCCUGAGCGGCGACUUACAAAGCGCGCCGAUUGCAUUAAAUGGUGCUUACCAUUACGCACCGGAGCACUGGUCCAGGAACACUCAGCUACAGACCGCAUCUUCUCUCACCAUCCUCCCGCCGACGUUCGCCUCCUUCGGCGUGUCGGUGCAGAACUGGUGCGCCAAAUGCAACCUGUCCUUCCGCAUGACCUCCGACCUCGUCUUCCACAUGCGCUCCCACCACAAGAAGGAGUUCGCGGCGGAAUCUCAGGUUAGGAGGAGGAGGGAGGAGAAACUCACCUGUCCCAUCUGCCACGAAUACUUCCGCGAGCGGCAUCACCUGUCAAGACACAUGACCUCCCACAACUGAAACAAGAAAGGAUCAAACAUAAACUCUAUUUAUUUCUUUGGUGAUGCUCGUAUUUAACAUGUUUAUACCCAGGAAGAGGUGUAUAACAGCGAAUGUAAAGACAAUAGCAAGGAGGACAGACAUGGCCACCACGGCCGGUCCACGAGAUGGCGCUAGAGGCACGUGUAUGCUGAUCCCACUGCAGUUUGUUGUCUGACCUUAAGCUCUGUAAAUAAGGUUGAUGGUUAUUUUUUUGUGCCUUAUGGAACUCAGGAGAGAAGAGAGACAGAGGACAGCUCAUGAUUGUCAUAAGUAUUUGGACGUAGCUCUCUCACCCGUCAGCUUUUCUCUGCUCUGAUUGCUACACACCACGUGGUUUAAAUGUCUUUGCACAUUCUGUUUAAAUUUAAAAUCAUGAAAAUCAAA